AUGUGCGACGACGAGGUUGCAGCUCUUGUUGUGGACAAUGGAUCCGGAAUGUGCAAGGCCGGUUUCGCCGGUGAUGACGCUCCUCGAGCUGUCUUCCCCUCGAUCGUUGGACGUCCCCGUCAUCAGGGAGUCAUGGUCGGAAUGGGACAAAAGGACUCCUACGUCGGAGAUGAGGCUCAAUCCAAGAGAGGAAUCCUCACCCUCAAGUACCCCAUUGAGCACGGAAUCGUCACCAACUGGGAUGACAUGGAGAAGAUCUGGCAUCACACUUUCUACAAUGAGCUCCGUGUUGCUCCAGAGGAACACCCCGUUCUCCUCACCGAGGCUCCACUCAACCCAAAGGCCAACAGAGAAAAGAUGACCCAGAUCAUGUUCGAGACCUUCAACUCUCCAGCCAUGUACGUCGCCAUCCAAGCCGUUCUCUCCCUCUACGCCUCUGGACGUACCACCGGUAUCGUGUUGGAUUCCGGAGAUGGAGUCUCGCACACCGUUCCCAUCUACGAGGGAUACGCUCUCCCACACGCCAUUCUUCGUCUCGACUUGGCCGGACGUGAUCUCACCGAUUAUCUCAUGAAGAUCCUCACCGAGCGUGGCUACUCUUUCACGACCACUGCCGAGCGUGAGAUCGUUCGCGACAUCAAAGAGAAGCUUUGCUACGUGGCGUUGGACUUCGAGCAAGAGAUGGCCACCGCUGCCGCCUCAUCUUCUCUCGAGAAAUCCUAUGAGCUUCCCGACGGACAAGUGAUCACCGUCGGAAACGAGCGAUUCCGUUGUCCAGAGGCUCUCUUCCAGCCCUCGUUCUUGGGAAUGGAGUCGGCCGGUAUCCACGAGACAUCGUACAACUCGAUUAUGAAGUGCGAUAUUGACAUCAGAAAGGACUUGUACGCCAACACCGUACUCUCUGGAGGAACCACCAUGUACCCAGGAAUUGCUGAUCGUAUGCAGAAAGAGAUCACCGCUUUGGCUCCAAGCACGAUGAAGAUCAAGAUCAUCGCUCCACCAGAGAGGAAAUACUCAGUGUGGAUCGGUGGCUCAAUCCUGGCCUCACUCUCCACCUUCCAACAGAUGUGGAUCUCGAAGCAAGAGUACGACGAGUCGGGUCCAUCGAUCGUUCACCGCAAGUGCUUC